UGUUUCAGUAGGAUUUCGUAGGAUCAACCCCGGUGAAGGUCAUGCCAAUGAGGUGCGUUGCGUACGGAUGCUCCAACAUAUCAGACCGGAAUAUUAGCUUAUUUUCUUGGCCAACAGAUAAAGGUUUGAGUCGGCUAUGGACGAAGGCAGUGCGGCGCAGACGACUGGAUUUCAAGGAGCCGCGACCAUCUCUGAAAGCCAGACCAUGUGUGUGCAGUGCACAUUUUAAACCAGAAGAUUUGGAUCCAUCUAGAGAAAGACAAUUCAGCUAUGGACUAAUAAGCAAGCUAAAAAGAAGACUGUUGCUCCCGGGUAGUGUGCCCAGUAUAUUUCCCCGCCCGGAUUCCUCAAGGACAGAGACUGGAGACCAUUCAAUGCGUCCUCCACAGAAACGAAGUCGAUUUGGUGCAUUUGAAAAACGUGAACGUCAGCGCGUCAUUAAUGAGCUGAUGGACCCUUACGGACAUGGAACCAGCACAAGUGCAACAGCAGUGACGGCUACUGACACAGCUGACCUUGCAGAUUCCUCCACAGUGGCAUCCAGAUCCUUUGUGUGUCAAGUUGGAAUUAAACCACACGUGAGGUCGAAGCACACCCAAGCAUCAUUUGGAAAUAGUCCAGUUGAGACUUGUGACAUUGGUGUUCAAACAGAUGAGACUGAGAGGGUUUCCACAUAUGUCGCUACCAAGUCGGUUGCUAGCCAGACCUGCAACUUGGCAGUGCCAGCCACACUCAGGGAUGAUGACGAUAGUGAUAUUGAAAUGGAGCUACCUGACACCAGCGAGAUAGCUCCUGACUGGCAUUGCAGUAGUGACUCUGACGUGGAAACGUGAGUGGUUAGGCCAAUGUACAUACAUGUAAUACAACUGGAAUCUGUACACAUGCAUUUCUGUUGACCUGUGUUUGCGUAAUACAUAGGAAUCCUAUCCAACCAGCCGGAUGUGAUUCCUUGCCACCAAACCUGGAGCCGCAGUAUUUUGUAUUCCUUACUGAUCUCCUUGCCCUAUUCCGUCUCUGCUCCACCUGUGGUUGCAAGGCGAUGCAUGUAUGCGGUCGCCUGAAUGCCUAACGGACUGAAACGCCAAUACUUUACAGACUGCCUGACAGUGACAUCCCAUCUAUUGCAAAAUCUUCUGCCUCCAUAAAAAGCUGCCGAGCAACUUUUUAUAUCUUAAAGAAGAUAAUUAUCUUCAUAUGUCAUGACUUGUUUUAUCAUACAAAUUACAAAUUACAAUACUGUAUUGACUGAAUACAAUACAUCUAUCAGUAUCAGUAUCAGUUUUAUCAUCUUUAUAUUACUAUAUGUAUUAUAUAUA